AGCGAUUCUUGUGAUAAACUCCAACUGCCACAACACUUAAAAUCAAAAUGAAAUUCCUUCUUUGCUUCGUAGCUCUCUGCUUGGCUGUUGCUCAGGCUCAUGUGAUUGGAUCCGCACUUACUUACGCUGCUGCUCCCGCCACCUAUGCCGUUCCAGCUACGUAUGCCGCCACAUACAAUGCCGCUCCUUUGGUGCGUUCAGUAGCUCCAGUUGCUUCCGUAUACUCUGCUCCAGCCUACACAACUUACAGUGCUGCUGUUCCAGCUGCCGCGACCUAUACUGCCGGUGUUGUCCCAGCUGUCUAUUCUGCUCCCACUGUUUACUCCACCCUGCUCAAGAAAUAGUAAC